AAGGCGAAGAGCUAGGGAAAGAGGGACACGCUAGGGUCGCAGGGUUCAAAAUGGCUUCAGCUUUCUUGGGUGACGUAGUGAGCAGAGCUUGGGUCUGCCUUUUAGUGAAAGGAGUCGAACUGGGAUACGCCCGACGUUUGGAUAGUGCGAACAUCGAUCUGCGGCGCUGGUGUUAACCCAACUCAUUCGGCUGGACGACUCAGCCCUCCCCACUUUAGGUGGCCAGAAUGGAGUUGUGGCCAGGGGUAUGGAUGCUACUGCUCUUCCUGCUGUUGCUCUUCCUGCUGCCCACCCUGUGGUUCUGCAGCCCCAGUGCCAAGUACUUCUUCAAGAUGGCCUUCUACAAUGGCUGGAUCCUCUUCCUGGCUGUGCUCGCCAUCCCUGUGUGUGCCGUGCGAGGACGCAACGUCGAGAACAUGAAGAUCUUGCGUCUAAUGCUGCUCCACAUCAAAUACCUGUACGGGAUCCGAGUGGAGGUGCGAGGGGCUCACCACUUCCCUCCCUCGCAGCCCUAUGUUGUUGUCUCCAACCACCAGAGCUCUCUCGACCUGCUUGGGAUGAUGGAAGUACUGCCAGGCCGCUGUGUGCCCAUUGCCAAGCGUGAGCUACUGUGGGCUGGCUCUGCUGGGCUGGCCUGCUGGUUGGCAGGAGUCAUCUUCAUCGACCGGAAGCGCACGGGGGAUGCCAUCAGUGUCAUGUCUGAGGUCGCCCAGACCCUGCUCACCCAGGACGUGAGGGUCUGGGUAUUUCCUGAGGGAACAAGAAACCACAACGGCUCCAUGCUGCCCUUCAAACGUGGCGCCUUCCAUCUUGCAGUGCAGGCCCAGGUUCCCAUUGUCCCCAUAGUCAUGUCCUCCUACCAAGACUUCUACUGCAAGAAGGAGCGCCGCUUCACCUCAGGACGAUGUCAGGUGCGGGUGCUGCCCCCAGUGCCCACAGAAGGGCUGACACCAGAUGACGUCCCAGCUCUGGCUGACAGAGUCCGGCACUCCAUGCUCACUGUUUUCCGCGAAAUCUCCACUGAUGGCCGGGGUGGUGGUGACUAUCUGAAGAAGCCUGGGGGUGUGGGUGAACCCCAGCUCUGAGCUCUCCUCCCAUCUGUCCCCAUCUUCUUACCCACGCCUACCUACCCAGUGGGCCCUGAAGCAGGGCCAAGCCCUCUUCCUUGUCUCCCCUCUCCCCACUUAUUCUCCUCUUUGGAAUCUUCAACUUCUGAAGCGAAUGUGGAUACAGUGCCACUCUUGCCUCCUCUUGGCCCCACCCAUGGACUCUUGCCUCAGUGCAGUCUACACUCUGACCCCCACCUCCUGCCAUCUUCUCUGUGGCACAGUUACCUCCCCCUCAUCUCCAGUGGCUCAGCCUACACAAGGGUGGGGAACAUUCCAUCUCCAGUGGAGUCUCUUCCUUUGUGGUCUUCUCUUCCUUUCCACCCCACAUUUGCCAGUGGACUCAUCCAUUCUGUGGAACAAUUCUCCCCCACUCCAAAGUCCAUGGAUUCAAUGGAAACAUCCGUUUGUGAGGAGGACUUCUCGCCCUGUGACUAGAAGCUGUUACCUGGAACACUCCUCCCAGGCUCAACCUGGGAGCUUUCCUCAGCACCUUCACCUUCCCUCCCAGUGGAGCCUCCUGUCAGUGGGGGCUGAACUCUUCUAAUUCAGAGGUCUCAUGCCUGCCCUUGCCCAGAUGCCCAGGGUCAUGCACACUCCAGGAUACCAGUUCGGUCUCCACAUUUCUGCUUUUCUCUAUCCCCAUGGUACCAUUCUUCAGUGGUCCUAACCCCAUCCAACCCCCUGCAGCCCUGCUGCACCAGACACAAGGGGAAGAAGCAGACAUCAGGUGCUGUGCUCACUUCUGCUCCCUGGGGAGUUGGGGAAAGGAACUGAACCCUGGCUGGAGGGGCUAGGAGGGCUUUUAAUUUAUUUCUUUUUCUGUUGAGGCUUCCCCCUCUCUGAGCCAGUUUUCAUUUCUUCCCAGUGGCAUUAACCACUCCCUGCCUCUCACUCCAGACCUGUUCCCACAACUGGGGAGGUAGGCUGGGAGCAAAAGGAGAGGGUGGGACCCAGUUUUGCGUGGAUGGUUUUUAUUAUCUGGAUAACAGCAAAAAACUGAAAAUAAAGAGAGAGAGAGA